CAAGAGAGAGGGGCCGGCGGUCAUGGAAGUUUGAUAGUCGGACUCAGUAUACGACUACCUACUCUUUACUCUCUUCCUUGUCUCUCAAGUUGCUCACUAUGCAACUGUGAAGUAUCAUGACAUCGUUGACUAAGUGUUAAAGAUUUUUUCAAGUAUGGAUAGGGUUUAGUGCUGGAUGGCUUUGUGCAAGAGUCGAUGUAGUGGUGGGUUUAUGGCUCUUCCUACAACUCACUCUCAACGAACUCCCGUCUUCCACAACAGACAUUAUGCUCCUCAGAUGCAGUCUCAGGCAAACCACCCUGAUAGACCGAUCGGAUAUGGUGCUUUUGGCGUUGUGUGGUCUGUGACAGAUCCUCGUAAUGGCAAGAGGGUAGCCUUGAAGAAAAUACCGAAAGUGUUUGAAAGUAUAACAUCCUGUAGAAGAGCAUAUCGUGAACUUCGAAUGCUAUGCACUUUUAAACAUGAUAACGUUCUAUCAGCGGUGGAUAUAGUUCAUCCUGGUCAUGUUGAUCUAUUUAACGAGAUUUACGUUGUAUCUGAAUUGAUGCAGUCAGAUCUUCAUAAAAUCAUAGUUUCUCCACAGCCACUUACUGCUGAUCAUGUUAAAGUCUUUCUUUAUCAAAUUCUUCGAGGAUUAAAGUAUUUGCAUUCRUCAGGGAUAUUACAUCGUGACAUCAAGCCUGGAAACUUGCUUGUUAAUAGCAAUUGUCUGUUGAAGAUAUGUGAUUUUGGUCUGGCAAGGAUGGAGGAACCUAAUGAGAGCAUUAUAAUGACACAGGAGGUUGUUACUCAGUAUUACAGAGCACCUGAGCUACUGGCUGGAGCAACACAUUAUACCCAAGGAGUUGACUUGUGGUCUGUAGGAUGUAUUUUUGCUGAGCUUUUGAGCAGAAAGAUUUUGUUCCAAGCAGAUAGUCCUGUUCAGCAGCUAAAUCUUAUUAUGGAUCUGUUGGGAACACCAAGCUUAGAAGAUCUGGCUAAAGCUGGUGCAAGUGAUGGAGCAACAAAGUAUAUCCUACAAAGACCUCACAAGGCACCWGCACUAGCCACUCUGUAUAACUUGUCUAACCAAGCUACCCACGAAGCUGUCCAUUUACUGUGUAGAAUGCUUGUGUUUGAUCCAAGUAAAAGAAUUUCCUGUACAGAUGCACUAUCCCAUCCAUACUUAGAUGAAGGACGAUUGCGUUUCCAUACCUGUAUGUGUAAGUGCUGUCACAAUAUGCCUGGUGGGCGUCAGUACGUAUCCGACUUUGAACCUUCUAAUCCCAAGUUGUUUGAUGAUAGCUAUGAACUCAACCUUAAUUCCAUUACCAAGGUUAAAGACUCUAUUUAUAAGUUUGUUUUGGAAAAGCAAAGGACAUCAGUUCCACUGUGUAUCAACAUGGCAUCUCCUUCCUACAAGAGCUUUCAAAGGUCAGGCGUAGCACCACAGCCAGACAAGGGAAGUUCUCCACAGUUAUGGUAACCUUUUCUAACUUGAAAAAACAAACAACUACUCACAACUGCCUUCCUUGAAGUCAUCCWACUUUUUACACAACUCUUGUGAUCCAUUUUGCUAACUGUUGAAUAUUAAGAUGUAACAUUAGGAGUUGCAUUAAAUGAUUUUUAAAGCAAUAUUAUAAUCACAUACAUGUUCGCAAAGCUUAGCUAUAUUUGUGUCUUGUUGCAAUCUUGUUUCAUGUAUAACUUAUUGUAAAUACAGACAAUUUUUGAAUCRAAAGCGAAGACUUUUAUGCUUUAGGGAUUUUAAUGUUGACSUUGUACAGGAAAAGAAAUGACACCAUAUGUUGGUAAAAAUAGUUUGCUAACAGUGCAAUAAGUGUAACAUAAAAAGUGAUUUUCUUUAUCUCAUUCUAAGCAUUCUUGUACUUUGGACAAAUAUGAUUUGACUUUGGUACCARGAACAUUUUUUGAUCUUUUGACUAGAUUUUAUCUUCACUGUUUUAUGAAACAUUUUKUUGGCCAAUUAGAACUCACAAUUUCUUAACUUCAUCAAAGCUUCAUUCAGAAGUGAGAAUUGUGGAAUAUCUUCUCAACAUGUUAUGAAAUCCUUUCUUUUGAAAUAUUAGCACAAUUGAAUUAUUAAGUUAUUGUUAAAUUUGUUUUUGAUCUGAACUUAACAGCUAUGCAAUUUGAUGGUUAUACAGCUAAAAAAAGACUAAAAUUUGUUAUCCAACACUUUUUUUUCUUGAUUGAUAAACGGUGUUGUAUUUCAAGUCUAACUUAGAAGGCAUAGCAUUGUUAAGUUGAGUUUCUUGUGAAGUCGUUUUUGAUAGUAUUUUGUCAUCAAAAUACUUAAAACCAUGUCAUUGAAUUUAACAGACUUGAUAGCACUUCAAUCACUUUACAUUUUGUGAAAUUUUCUACAGCACUUUGUCUUAUUCUUUUCACAUUUGAAAAGACUAAACUCUGCAAUUCAAUCAAAAUAGCUCUAGGUAGGAUUUUUCAAUUGCCGCAGGAUAAUAAUUCUGCGUGAUUGGUAAUAAUAUACCAAUCAUAAAUUAUGUGCUUGCAAUCUACAACUCUUUUGUCCAACAUGGACAUUUUUUACAACUAGGCAUUUGUUGUAGAUUGAAAGCACUUUAAAAGAGAUUUAUUUGAGUAAUACUAAAAAUGUUUGCAGAAAUAAUAAUAUUGUACUAGCUUUURUGAUGGUUUUCUACUCAAUGUAGUGUUGCAGCAUUUUCUAUAUUUCUCAAAUAAAUUAAUGUUGAGGCCCACUUUGCAUCAGUUUAGAGAGCAAAAGCAAUAUUACACACUGCUGUUGAAACUCUUUUUGCACAUAAUCAUGUGAAAAACUUAAGUGGCUGGUGAGAACAUUACAUCAUAAUUACUAAUAUUUAGGGUGAUUUUGCUCAAAAGUAUAGACAUUUGGACAGGUGAAAAGAGAUUACACUUGACCCAGAAAGCUCAUGCUUGUGUUUUUGUCCAAURAUCAAAUAUUUCCAAAAUGUAAAUAAAAUCAGUUAACAUCCAGAAAUCUAGUAAAAUCAUGGGAACUAAGUCACUGAGGAAAAACACCCUCAUAAAUCUGAUGCAAUUGGGCUGAUAUUUGUUAAUAAGAUAUUUUUUGUUUUUUGUAUAUUUAUUUUGUAAGUUUUUUGUAUUUAUAUUUUUCAAUGUUAUGUAGUGUAGCAGUGCACUCCGUUGCUGUAAUUAUUGUUAAUGCCAAAUGAUUUAAAUCCAUCAUACAACAAUCAAUCAAAUAAAAGAAAUGAAGUCAAAAUUAUAAC